AUGUUGAGAUUAGCUAGUAAGAGAUAUACCACCAGAAUUUCUCUGGAAUUUGUGAAGGUUUUGGGUCGGCCCAGUUACUUAAAGACCAAACUGUUUGCCACGACUGGAAAAGAAUUGGAAUAUGAUAUCGAUAUAAUUUCUUUAACUAAAACUCCCAAAGCACGGAUCUCAUUUACUAAAGACUUUAAAAGCAGAUUAAUUGAUUUCCAAAGUAAUCAUGAUUUGAUUGAUAGGGCAAUUAUUGAAUCUACUAUUGAAAAAGUUCAUAAUAAUUCAAAUAAGGAAUUGAAUAUGUUUAUCAAUGACUAUAAGAAUGAGUUAAUGGUGUUCUUAAGAUUCAUUAAAAGAUCUUAUAGUAAUAAGAUUAGAAGUUAUGAUGAAUUGACAUCAGUAGAAUUAUUGAAUUGUUUAUAUAUCUUCAGAGAUUUAUACAGAAAGAAUAAAAUUGCUGAUGUUAAGGUUGAAGACCAAGUUAGAUUUAAUGAGAUGUUCAAAAGAAUGUUGGAAUUCAUAGAAAUGUCUCCCCGUUUACCUGUUUUAUUAAACAAUAAGCUUUUCAUUGAUGAACAUGGAGUAGAAUUAUUAAGUAACAAUUUAGGUAAUUAUAUUGAAGAAAUUAGAUCUUUGAGUAAAGAGUUUAAUUUCAAAAAUUUAAAUGAUAUGAAACAAAUAUCCACAGCAAUUCAAUACAUUGUAGAUGAUUUCAAUAAGUUUUUAAUCAAUAACAAUAACUUACAAUACAAUAAAGAAUUUUUCAAAAUAUUUAUUCAAAUUCAAAAAUAUAAAAAUUUAGAAUCUAUUUUAUCAAAAUCAAUGUAUAAGAAUUUGAAACCCAUUGAUUUGAAGAAAUUGAUUGAAAUUGAAGAAUUUAGACAAAUCAACAGAUUGUUACAAAAGUCCAAAAAUAAGGAUUUGAUGAAGGAGAUAUCAAGUAAUGAGAUUUUGGGUUUUUUGAUUCCUGAAGAUAAAGCUGUUUUGUCAGUGAUUGAACAAUUACAUAAUUUGAAAUAUUCCCAACAAUAUUCAUGGAUUGAACCUCAACUCACUUCGAUUGUGAAUCAUUUAAUCAAUAAUUGUUGUAAUGGGAACUUGAAUGUUUAUAGUUCAAUCGAGAUCCCCCAUUUUACCAAAUUCAUUGUUUCCACUAAUGAUAUUGAAAAUUUCGAAUUUUCAAUGAUCUAUAAGUACGGAAUUUAUCAUUAUGUUAACGAGUUGAAAAUCUUGAAAGCCAUGAAGAAUGAUUUAUCGAGUAAAGAGAUUCUAAAUGCUAUUAAGGAAUUGAAUUUUGAAAAUAAAGUCUUGAAAGAAAAUUUCCUUCAAUUACAUGAACAAUUGGGAUCGUUCUUCAGACAAGUUAGCUGGUCAACUGAUGGUUUGAAUAAUUUGGUCACCCACAAAAACUGGUAUGAUUGGUGUGAAGAAAAUAGAGAAAGUAAGAUUUUCAGGCAUAUGAUUGAUUAUUCUAAUUUAUCUAAUUAUUCUUAUUCUGAAAUCGAAAUUCUGAAUAAAAUAGCACCAAUUUUGAAUGAUUUAAGUGAAUUAUCCAUUAAAAAUGAGUACUUUGACUUAUCAUCAACCUCUAUUGAUUAUUUGAUUUCAUUAUAUAAGUAUGAUGAACAUUUCGAUUUGACUGUUUUGAAACAAUUACAAUUACAAUUCGGUGAUGUUUAUUUUUCAAACCUUGGCAUGCUUGUUAAUGGUUACAAUACAUUAUUUGAACAUUUGAUUUUCUAUGAUUUAUCGAACAUCAAAUGUAAAGAGGGAGUUUCUUCAUUUAACGAAUUUUCCACUCAAAGUUUAGAGAAAUAUUUUGGUUAUUAUCUGAAUUUGAUUGAAAAUCCGGGAUUAUUGGAUAUCAUGGAACCAUUAGUAUUAGAAGCUCGUUUCAAGCAUUUUGAGGAUGCAGUUUCUCAUUAUUGUGAAGAACUCGGUGUUCUCAUUAGAGAUGAAGGUUUAGAUUUUGAUCAUAUUACUAAACCUCAAUUACUUUCAUUCCUUCGUCGUAGAAUCAAUGAAAUCUCUGCCGUAGAUAGAAAUGGUAAUUCAAAUCCUCAUUCGAGGAUGGCUGAUCACUUAGAAGAAUUUUGCGAAUUGACUGAUAUAAUUGAUAAAUUUGCAACCAAUGAUUUGAAUUCUUGUGAUAUGAAAUAUUUGAAGACAAUUGCCUGGUUACUGCCCACCGAUGAUAUUCCUGGAGAAUACAAACAAGUUCCGGAAUAUUUCAAAUUACAUGAAUAUGUCAAUGAAAUCAAAGUUCUCAAAGAUUACAUUGGCUGCGAAUUUAAGGAUUUGACCUCUUCUGAGUUAAUGGAUGAAAUCGAAUUUUUACAAAGUUUUGUUCAUAACGAAGCUGAAGAUGGCGAAUUCCCUGAUAAUUUCAACACCAACUUACAAAAAUUGGCCAGAAAUGUCGAAAAACUCUUAAGUUAUAAUGGUAAUCAUACUGAAGUUUUGGAUUUGAUUGUUAAAAAUGAUUCAGAGUUUGAAAAAUUUGAGCAGUCAAAAGUCAGAAAUGUGGAAGCUUUACCCGACGAAGUCAGUGGGCCUGAAAAUCUUAUCAAUUCUUUGCCAAAAUCCAUUAAUAAAAUCGAUUUCUUGGACAAAUUAUCAUUAUUUGAAUCGUUCUACGCUGAAAAGUAUCCAGAAGACCCUCAUCCUUAUGAGCCUGAAUUCUACGUUCCCAAUUUGAUUGGGAUGGUUUUGAAUGAAACUGAUUAUUCUUUUGAAGAACGUAGAAAUUUCAGAGACUUGAUGAAUUCAUUCAUCGUAACCUUUGAAACCAAUGGAAGUUUCAACAAUGUAAGUGAAAUUAUGACGCAAAUUGAAGAUAUCAGAAAAUUUGCAUAUUCCAAAACAGAAUACAUCCAAAUUCCCGAUAAUAUUCCAAUUCAUAAAUUCUCUGCACAAUUGUCAGACAUCAAAAGCCAACUCAAAAGGAAUGAUUUUGAAUCCAGUUCCAGCUAUGAGAUUUUGAGCACAUUACUAAGAUACCGUGAUAGUCAAUCCAAUGAAGAAUCAGUUCUGAAACUCAAUACGUUAUAUUCGUUAUUAAAUGACCUUUUUAGAGUAAAUGGGAAUCAAACUAGUGUUUUAGAUAGAAUCAACCACAGUGAAUCCCAUUUCAAAGAAUUUGAAACGAAACUUAACCUGAAGACUGAUAAGGAUGUGGUGUACAAACAAGUACCAGAUAGUUUCAACUUAGAGGAGUAUCAUGCUGAAUUGAAUCAACUCCGUAAUAUUAUUGGUAGAAAUUUCAAAGAUGAACAAGCUGGUGUUAUAUUGGAAGUUUUACUCACCUUGAGUAGUGAUGAAAGACGAUUCAAUUUAACUAAAAGAAUUAAUUUCUCUAAAUUGUAUUCCAACCUUGUUAGAUUAUUUCAACAUAACGGUAAUCAAACGUUCAUCUUAGAUAAUGUAUUGUUGAGUAAUGAAGUAUUCGAACAAUUUGAAAGUAAUAAAUCAUUGAAGAUCAUAAAAGAAUCUGAUAAGUACAGAGAAUUGUUUAAAGAACAUGGAGAAAACUUGGAAUAUCUUUUCAAUAAAACAAAAUUGAUCAAUUAUGACUUAAUUGACUUUUAUGACUUGCGUAAAGAUGAAUUUGAUGAUAAAUGUGAUAAUUUGUUAGCUAAAGUGAAGAUUGAAAAUAAUUAUCAAUAUGUUAAUUUUUAUUACUUGGUGAAAAAAUUGGAACUGAUGGUUGAAGAUGAUCAAUUAACAUUGCCUAUUAUAGCCAGAUUAUUGGAAUUGAACCGCAAGGGAGUUGAAUGGAAUGGACAAAGCAUUGAAGAUAUUAAAACUGAAAUUCAUGGUUUCAUUGACACUAUCACCAAAAACAGAGAUUUGUUCAGUCCAGUUGAAGAUGUUAGAGAAAGCAUUGAAGUUCCAGUUGAAAAAUUUGACAUCAAUGAUUUCAAGGAUUCUGAAUCAACAUUCGAAUCUCCUGCGGAAAUCAAAGGUAAGUAUAAUGAUCCUAAAGCCUUCAAAGUUACUGAAUCAUCAGUGUCUGAUGAAGAAAACGAAUUGUUUGAAAGAAAUGAAAUUUUCCAUGGCAAAGAACCAGACUCGGAGGUCAAAAAACUUAGAUCCACUUAUGAAACCAAACCUUUCAAUGAAUUGACUAUUCAAGACUAUUUGGAAAAUGUUAAUGAACAAAAGAAAUUGAAACAAGAAGAAUUGUUCAGACAAAAAAAUGCUUUUGAGUGGAGUAAGAAUAAUGGUAGAUUAGAGGAGAAAGAUUUCUUCAAUCCCUUACAAGUUGAAAAGUUCAGUAAUUUACCAAAGAAGAACGUCAAUUAUUUAUUAUUAACUAUUGAUGGUAAAAAGAUCAUUAGUAAUGAAAAUCCUUUGGAAAACCGUGAAUUCGAUGAUGUUAUUACAAUCUUUAAUAAAUUUCCAAAAAGCGAAAUGAAUCAUUUCAUUAAAAAUAUCAAUAAGUUGAAUCGUAAUGAUUGGAAACUAAUUGGUGGAAUAAACGAACUGGAAAAAUAUUUGGUGUUCAUCAAAACAAAAUCUAAAGGAUUUUUAAGUAAAUUGAUAACAAAAUUAAAAUCAUUAUUUGCUAUUGCAGGUGCAACAUUUACUUCAUUAAUUUUAAUAAAUUGGUGGUUGGACGAUGUUGAUCAAAGGACGGUAGUAUUACCAUCAAAUGAUAUUAGUCCUUACCCCGAUGCUAAUGCUAAUAAUACAAUGAAAGUUGAUGAAACUGUACCUAUGGUAGAACCAACUGAAGUUUCACAACCAACAGUGGAAAAAACUGGAUGGUUUUGGAAAUAA